GCUCUGCCCGCCUUUCGGCGCCGCUUGGCGGGAAGGCCAAGGUUUGGCGGGCUCGGAGAAGCGGCGGUCGUUGGAAGCGGGAACAGCCGUGCAGCCGCAGCCCACACCGACCCGCACGGAGUCUCCCCAGGCGCCUCUCGCCCACCAUGCCUGCCGAGGGGGAGCUGCCGAGCGCGGCGGCCGCCGAGUCGGAGCCCGGUGAGCCGCAGUACCUGCGGCAGGUCCGGCACAUCCUUCAGCACGGCCACCGGAAGGAGGAUCGCACCGGCACCGGCACCAUCUCCGUCUUCGGCAUGCAUGCGCGGUACAGCCUGAGAGAUCAGUUUCCACUGCUAACGACCAAGAGGGUAUUCUGGAAAGGAGUGCUGGAGGAGCUGCUCUGGUUCAUCAAGGGUUCUACAAAUGCCAAAGAGCUCUCUGCAAAAGGGGUGAAGAUUUGGGAUGCUAAUGGAUCACGUGAGUUCCUGGAUAAGCAGGGUUUCAGCAGCAGAGAGGAGGGGGAUUUGGGACCAGUUUAUGGUUUCCAGUGGAGGCACUUUGGAGCAGAAUACAAAGAUAUGCACACAGAUUACUCUAACCAAGGAGUUGAUCAGUUGCAAAAAGUGAUUGAAACAAUCAAAACAAAUCCAGAUGACAGAAGAAUCAUUAUGUGUGCUUGGAAUCCCAAAGAUAUUUCUCUGAUGGCUUUGCCUCCAUGCCAUGCCCUUUGCCAGUUCUAUGUUGUGAAUGGUGAGUUGUCUUGCCAGCUCUAUCAGAGGUCAGGAGAUAUGGGACUCGGAGUGCCUUUCAAUAUUGCCAGCUAUUCACUGCUCACAUACAUGAUUGCCCAUGUCACAGGGCUAAAGCCUGGAGAGUUCAUACACACAUUAGGAGAUGCUCACGUAUACCUGAAUCAUGUGGAACCUCUAAAAGUUCAACUUCAGAGGGAGCCAAGACCUUUCCCCAAACUCAGAAUUCUUCGUAAGGUUGAAGACAUCAGUGACUUUAAGGCAGAAGACUUUCAGAUUGAAGAUUAUAAUCCUCAUCCACCUAUUAAAAUGGAGAUGGCUGUUUAAUGCUAUAAACCGUCUCUUGUUAAUGUGGAAAUGUACCUAAGCUACUUAGCGUUCUAUGUACUUAAAGUUACACAUUUUUUAUAUAUUUUGAAAGAAAUGGGUACUGCAUUCAAUACUGGACUGUAGUCAUACAGAACAGGUGAUUAUUUAUUCCUGCUGUAUUAUGCAGAUGCUAACACAGUUUUAAGUUGUUAGUGAGGUAGUUUUUUACAUGUUUCAGCUACCAGUGGCCGCUUCUGUUACCAUUCAGUUACCAUGUGGGAGUUGUACUUGCUUACAUGCUCUAUUUAGUACUGAAAAUAAGAACUUCUAUGUAUGACAGAGGAUUCCUUCAAGGUUGUAGAAGUCUUUAAAUAUGUUCUAAAGAGUAUAUGUUUAAUAAAGCUUUUUUAAAAAAAUA